AUGCCAGCUGCCCCUGUGAAUCGAGCUGCCAAGAGACAGCGCACUUUGCCCCAGAUGAUGGGACAAAUGAUGAAUCCCAUGAUGAUGAAUCCCAUGAUGGGUGGAAUGAUGAAUCCCAUGAUGGGAGGUGGCAUGGCGCCUAUGAUGAUGGCUGGCUGCAAUGGAAUGAUGGGACCCAUGAAUGGAAUGAUGGGUGGAAUGAUGAACCCAGCAGCCAUGCGUCGAAUGAUGGAAGAUGUUGCGGCUGGGGAAGAUGCUGAGGAAGAAGUCCAUGAUUAUGAUGAUGUUGGUGCAGUCCAAGAUGCUCCUCCUCCUCAGCCUGCUGCUGCUUCGGCCUCUGUGGUUGCGCAGCCUGUGGCUCCUGCUGUGCCUGUCCCUGCUCAGCCUGAGCACCAGCCGCCGCCUGUGCUCCCUUACAACAAGAGUGAUGAUGCUGCCAUCACAAGGUCUGCAAGUAUGAUCAGAGGCAUUCCCAUGACAAGACUUUCCUAUUCCAUUGAGAAGUUGGUGCCAGCCCUGGAUGCCGGCUACACCAGUGGCCUCACCCAGCGAGGUGUGACCUCGUAUGAGGAUCUUGGCAACAGGUUCAAGAAGGCCCAUGACAGGAUCAAGGAUUCCUGCGAAGGGUUUCCUGACAACAUCGUCCAGGAGCUUCCGUUGGUCUUGGGGGAUGCCGAGGUCAAUGAUGUGGCUGUUGCUCAGGGAUGGAAAGAUGAGUUCCUGAAGCCUGUUUCUUGCGCAAAGGCUCCUCCGCCCAGUGUUGCUGAGUUUUUGCAGGCAGGCGUCCGGCUGCAGCACCUGUGCCGGCGUUGCCUCACCCCCCUGCGCGCAAUUCGUCAAUUGCGUCAAUUGCCCCAAUUGCUGUGA